AUGUCCGUGCCUUCCACCACCACAUACGAAAUCACCGUCCGCUGUACCCUCGAGUACUGGUCCACGUCCAAUGUCCAGGAAGGAUCUACCAGCACCAUAUCUAUCACCACCAUCAUUGAAGAGCGCACCAUGCUCCUUCGCCUAGCGUCAGAGUACCGUGACUCCGACGAAGCCUUGAUGUUCUUCGCCGCCCUCGCUGACUACGCCCGCUCGAACUACGAUUUCGAAUACAACAUUUCACCGGGACAGUACCGCACCUGCGCCUCGCGUCGAGAAGUCACCGUUUCCGGCAGUGGUGUUAUUGCCGGGCUGUCUGAGUCCGAGUCUGUGUUGAUUAGCUUGGCCCGGGAUGGCGAGGACGAGAACGAGGACGAGGAGCGCGGCCGGGCCAGGGAGAGAAAGGAAAGAAACGUCGCGCGGACUCGAGAGAUCACGAAGCGCCAGAAGGAGCGGAAGAAGCUGGACGGGGAUCGAGAGUCGUCGGAUGGCGAUGGCUCGAGCUCGGAGACGAUGGCGAAGGCUCAUUCCAAGGCGAAGGCCAAGGCGAAGUGCAAUGUGUUUGGUGGUUUCCGUUGGGCUUGGCGGGGUCUGAAAGGAGUCUUUGAGCUCUAG